GCGAAUUUACAGCUAACAACAGUAACCAGCGACGAGUCAACACAGACCCACAGUUCAUUUCUAAAGCCAAGUAACUAACUUCCAGGAUUAGCUAAAAUGUACAAGUUGGUGGUGUUGUCUGCUCUGCUCGCUGUGGCCGCUGCCCGUCCCGGCUACUUGGCGGCAGGUCCUCUGCUGCAUAGCUAUGCCGCGCCGGCGAUCAUCCAUGAGCCCGCCCUGGCCAGCGUUGGCCACAUUGUGAAGUCCAUUCCGACCGCUGUCUCGCAUCAGAGCAUCAGCCAGGUGCACAGCUCGGCGCAGAUUGUCCAGCCGAUUGUGACGCCCGUUGUGAAGACCUAUGCCGCACCCAUCAUCAAGACCUAUGCCGCUCCAGCUCUGCACACCAGCAUCCUGUCGCCUUCCUGGGCCUCUCACGGCUGGGCGUCGUCUUGUCAAUACAGACCUCACUUAAACCCAAAAAUCAUUUCAAUCAUGUUCAAGUUGGUGGUAUUGUCUGCUCUGCUCGCCGUAGCUGCUGCUCGUCCCGGUAAUCUGUAUGAGUCGCCGUUGGUCUACGCCGCACCCGCUGCGACCGUCGUCCAGGAGUCGGUCCUGGCCAAGGUUGGCUCCGUUGUGAAGAGUGUGCCCACAUCUGUCUCCCAUCAGAGCCAGUCGGUGGUGCACAGCUCCGCUCAUGUGGUUGAGGAUAUCGUCGCUCCAGUUGUCAAGUCAACGCCCGUGGUCAGCUAUGCCGCCGCUGCUCCAGUGGUGCACACCUCCUAUGCUGCUGCUCCAGUGGUGCACACCACAUAUGCCGCUGCUGCUCCAGUGGUGCACCAAACGUAUGUCGCUGCACCAGUUGCCAAAAUCGCUGCUGCCUCACCGCUGACCUACACCGCCACCGGAGUGUGGAGCGCCAAGAUCUACUGCGCCCAAGGUCAUGAAUUUAACGGGCUCAUUGAUAUACUAAUCCGUUCAGGCACGUACGUAUUGCUACAUAUUGUGUACUCACUGUAUAUAUGUGUGUGUGUGUGCGUGUGUUUGCGUGUGUUUGCGUGCGCCUUGAAAGUGAAGUUCAAGUAUAAAAGCCAGCGACAAUUCGUCAACGGGCACAGUCCAACCUACGACACAAGUCAAAGAACCAGACAACCACAGCCAGCCAAAAUGUUCAAAUUGUUCGUUCUCGCCGCUCUGCUCGCCGUCGCUGCCGCUCGCCCCGGUCAUUUGGCCGCCGCACCACUGGUCUACAGCGCACCCACUGCCAUCGUCCAGGAGCCCGCCCUGGCCAAGAUCGGCGCCGUGGUGAAGAGCGUGCCCACCGCCGUCUCCCACCAGAGUGUGACCCAGGUGCACAGCACUCCAGUCGUUGAGGAUGUGGUGGCGCCCGUUGUGAAGACCACCCUGCAUGCCGCCCCCGUGACCACCUAUGCUGCCAGCUAUCCAGCAGUUGCUCCCGUGUCCACCUACUCGGCCCUGCCCACCACAUAUGCCGCUGCCCAUGUGCCGUACCUGAAGAGCGUGGCGCCACUGGCCUACUCUGCACCACUGGCCUAUUCGGCACCACUGCUGCACCACGCACCCCUGACCUACGCCAGCGCCUGGUAAGAGCGAGAGAACGAAAGAUUUUGAAAGAAGUUGUUGACUUGUGUUCCACCGAAAGAAAAAAUUAAAUAUAAAACUCAAAUCCGAA